AUGUACGGACGAGACCCAUGGGGUGGUCCUUUAGAGAUCAAUGCGGCUGACUCCUUAACCGACGACGAUCGCAGCCGCAACUUGCAAGAGCUAGACCGUGCCACUCUUCCUCGUCCACUCGACGCAACGCAGCAGGGCUGGCUACUCGGACCACCCGUUAGGAAGAAGAAGAAGUACGUUGAUCUCGGAUGUAUACUAGUUAGCCGCAAAAUCUUUCUAUGGACUCUUGGAAUCGUUCUUGUUACCGCGUUUCUCGCUGGAUCCAUAACGGUUAUCGUUAGACACGUUCCGCAUCAUAAACAUGUGAAACCUCAAAAGGAUAACUACACUUUGGCUCUCAACAAGACACUCAUGUUCUUCAAUGCUCAGAAAUCUGGGAAACUUCCAAAGCACAAUAACGUAUCAUGGAGAGGGGAUUCUUGUAUGAAAGACAAAGAUAGCGAGGGGAUUGUUGUAGGAGGCUAUUAUGAUGCUGGAGAUGCAAUCAAGUUCAGCUUCCCAAUGUCAUAUGCAAUGACCAUGCUGAGCUGGAGCGUGAUUGAAUACAGUGCUAAAUACGAAGCUGCAGGGGAGCUUGACCAUGUUAAAGAACUCAUUAAAUGGGGAAGUGAUUACUUUCUCAAGACCUUCAACAGUAGUGCUGAUAUAAUCUUUAACAUGGUUGAUCAGGUUGGAUCUGGGCGUACCAGUGGAGGAAGUGUGGUCCAUAAUGAUCAUUACUGCUGGACGCGUCCUGAGGACAUUGUUUAUGACAGGCCUGUGCAUAGAUGUUACGGUGGGUGCUCGGAUCUUGCUGCUGAGAUGACAGCUGCUUUAGCCUCUGCAUCCAUUGUAUUCAAGGACAACAGAGACUACUCUAAGAAGCUUGUUCAUGGGGCUAAGACGCUCUUUACGUAUGCAAAUGCUAUUAAAGAAACUUACAGUAAGCCUUAUAAAGAGUCUAGCGAGUUUUAUAAGUCAAGCCUGUUUUGGGAUGAGCUUCUAUGGGGAGGGACUUGGUUAUACUAUGCUACUGGAAAUAUAACCUAUCUAGAUCAAGUUACCAAUCGUGAUAUGGCAAGGCGUGCUGGUGCCUUCUGGGGUGGUCCUUAUUAUGGUGUCCCUAGCUGGGACAACAAACUACCCGGAGCUCAGUUGCUUUUGACCAGGUUGAGGCUGUUUAUAAGCCCUGGAUAUCCAUAUGAAGACAUCUUGAGCACCUUUCAUAAUCAAACAGGAGUAGUCAUGUGCUCAUACUUACCUUACUACAAAAAGUUUAAAAGAACCAAGGGAGGUUUAAUAAUGUUGAACCAUGGAGAUCCGCAGCCUCUGCAAUAUGCUGCAAAUGCGGCUUUCUUAGCUGCGCUAUUUAGUGAUUAUCUUGAUGCUGCUGACACUCCUGGAUGGUACUGUGGUCCUAAAUUCUAUUCCACUGAAAUCCUACGUGACUUUGCUAGAUCACAGAUUGAUUACAUACUCGGUAACAAUCCUAGGAAGAUGAGUUAUGUUGUCGGCUUUGGACAACGAUACCCGAAACACGUACACCAUAGAGGAGCUUCGAUACCGAAAAGUGUGAAGAAAGAAAGCUGCACCGGAGGUUGGAAGUGGAGAGACACCAAAAAGAAUGACCCAAACACCAUUGUUGGAGCGAUGGUUGCAGGGCCUGACAAGCAUGACGGAUUCCAUGACCUUCGUACUAAUUAUAAUUACACUGAGCCGACUCUUGCAGGCAAUGCUGGUCUGGUUGCAGCUUUGGUGGCUUUAUCAGGCGAAAGAAGGUUAGGAGCUAUUGACAAGAACUCUAUGUUUUCCGCUGUGCCUCCUUUAACACCUGCCACACCACCUCCUCCAGCUCCGUGGACUCCUUAA